AUGGAGUACGAGCGCAUCAGGCGUCUCUUGCGCUCGGAGUACAAAGACUUUGGCCGGGCCGGCGAGCAGGUGCUGGUCGAGUCUCGCUUCGCCGAGACGACGCGCAGCGGUCGGGGCCUGCGCGCCGUCGAGCUCGGUCUGACCUCCAACAACCUCAUCGUCGCCGCCGACAAUUUUCGCGAUGCCAAGUACUGGUGCUCCAAGGACUGCGACCCGAGCAUCGAGAGUCUCGAGCUCGUCAGUGUCUAUCCCUUGGAGUUUCUCAGUCUCAGUAUAUUUCGACGCAAGCGGAGAAAAGCUCUGAAAGCGAGAUUAGUCGACGGUCGGGCCAAGUAUUACGAGCUCGGCGGUCCCGGUCUGCGUCGAAGCGCUGCCUGGUCCCGUUGGUGCGCCCAAGUGGCCAAUUUGCUGGAGCGCCGCUGCCCAAGCUGCACCAACGUAGCCAGCGGUGGUAGUACAUCCUCGAAAUUCGAGUGCGCCCAUCGUCGUGGAGCUACCGGGGGUGGAGGUGAAAAGGAUGUCAAACGUUGCGCCGGUGGAGGUGCUGCCGUGGCUGGCGAGGAUCGUCGUCGUCCCAAGCGGGCUUGCGAUUGGACGCGAGAUCUCUUCCUCGGCGAGUCGCACCAAGAGCUCACCAACGGCAGCUACACCAUCGUACCGUUCAGCUUCUCCAAUGCCACCUUGCAGGAGAUCAACGGCGUGUCUGUCUGGGAAAAGGCUAAUAAAAACAAUCGCGAUCGCUCGCCGCGUAAGCUACUACGCGGCUACUAUGGCCUGUCGACGGCCACCUACUUCUUGUACGCCCUCGGGCCUUGGUCGGUGCAGCCGGGCGAUCGUCCGAGCGUCCAGUGCCUCGAGCGCUCGCACAGCUGCGCCAGCAUCCGCUGCCAGCCGAUCGAUCCGGAUCUGCGGCUUCCGGUCUCGCGCAGACAGCUCGUCGCCAGCGUCUCGCUGGCCGACCUCUCGGGCCGAGAGACCACCGGCUUGACGGCCUCGACCCGCGGCAAGGUCGUGCUCUUUUGGACGCCCAAUUACUGGUACAGGCCGAGGGCCGCCACGGACGCGUAUCGCGAGAUAAGGUGUCAUCUCGACGGAUUGACGGAUUACACGAGGACGAACUACGAGUCGGCGGCGACGACGAUCGACGGAAGGCGGAAGUCGACCAGCCGAGUUAUUUUUGGGAGGGCGCGCGAGAGACGACGCGUCGAGAUGUUCCAAAUCAGCCAGACUGAUUCGAGCCAGAGCAGCGACAGGAACGUAAGCGAGACAUCUGGAACUAAUUCCGAGAUCUGUCGAGCUCCGACUAAGACCCGCGAUCCAUCGGUGGCCAGCACGACGGCUUAUUUGCGCCAUUUGCUGCGUCUCGAUUAUCGAGUCACUCUGAGGGACGUCGAUAGCGCGACUCUGGCCUCGCAAUUGACCCUCGUCGAUCGCGAGCUGUUUUUGCGCGUACCGAGGCGCGAACUUCACACCGUGGCCGGUCAACGUUCCUCGCGCGAUGCCCCGAAUCUCGGCGCCUGGAUCGCCUUCGCCCAUCGGGUCUCGUGCUUGACGGCCAGCGAGGUGCUCGCCGCGGACCGCGUCGAGACUCGUGCUCGACUCUGCGCGAGACUGUUGAGCGCCGCCGAUCGCUGCCUCGAGAUGGGCAAUUUUCAGUCGGCCAGAUCGAUCGUGGCUGGCUUGCAAUCGCCGGCCAUCUAUAGAUUGAGAUCAACCUGGGCGUACUUGAAAGCUCAUCAUUACCCGGCGUACGAACAAAUGAUAAAACUAAGCACAAUAUUUGAAAGUACGAGAACAAAAAUGUACCGGCAGACGUGGACAAUGGCCGAGCGCAAUCCACCCUCGAUGCCCUUCGUUGGCGACAUUCUGGCGAGGUUGCUUGGCCUCGAGCGACGGCAAUGCGUAGCACGACACAAUGAAGCGAGGACGAUUUCACACAAGGACGUGACAAAAAAGCACAGGAGAAAACAUAAUAAGCUCGAGAGACGCAGCUCGUCGACGAGCCAUCGAUCCGGAUCGACGUCGAUGCGCGAGCUUUUGUCGGGAAAUAAAUUAAAUCGCGACGAGUAUGGACGAGUAUCGGCUCUGGGCUCGUGGCUGGAGCAGAGACAAUUAUCGGCUCGCUCGUACAAUUUUCCCGGCCAAUCGUUAGCUUGGACUUUCUUGCUGAAGGCCAGGUACCGAGAGGAGAGAGACAACUUUUUCGCAAGCCUGCAGCUUGAGCCAGCUGUUUAGAUGAGUGAAUGAAUACUACUUCGCUUGCAAUUAGUUCAAAAUUGUUUAAUUUUUUUUUUCGUUUUCAAUGUAUUAUUAUAUUUAUUCAGACAUGAGAACGUGUAUUUGAUAAAUCCAGUAAUUUCGCCGCAGUAAAGUUUAAAACUUGUAUUUAUUUUUUCAUUAUUCAUAAGAUCAGAGAGAACGAUAAAACAAAAUAUACUCACUCUUAUGCUCUGUUGUAGGUAAAAGUUUGUACAUCUAUGUAAUUUUUACGGUAUAAUCUACAGUUAAAUAUUAAUCGUUCUGAUAAAAACUAAUCGUCAUCGUGAAGUGGUGGAAUCAUAAUGACAAGAUCACAUCGUCUAUAUAAUUAUGUUGUUGUUUUCCAUUAUUUAUACACAUAUUAUCCUUUUUAUUCAAUUAAUCGACAUUUAUCCAACGAACCAUUUUUAUGCUGUAGUUUACAAUUAAUUUGUUAACGACUUUCAUUUAUAUAAAAUAUACAUGUACGUUGCAUUGACGUGCCAACAUUUAUUUUUUUUGUAUUUGUUUACAUUAAAAUGAGCGAUAAUCUCUUUAAAAGAGAAAAAAAUAUCUUCCGAUUACUACGUCAUUUUCUGUUUAGUCUAUACACUCGACAAAAUUAUUAAUAAUCUUUAGUUUUCGCAUGUUUAAAUGUUGGUCUUGUUUUUUUCUUUUUCUUUUUUUUUGAAUCUUGACUAGACGAAAAUGUACACAUUACACAGAUAUAUUACAACACUAAUUUCCUAGGCUAUAUCGGUAAGUAUUUACUUUGCAUUGUCAACAGUGCGCAAGAAUCAGUAAAGCUUUUGAAUUCGAGAGAUUUAAUAAUAAUAAUAUUACCAAAAGCCAUGCAGCAGACACAACAAAUAUAAGAUGCCUCACAUUCAUUGGCCAAAUGUCGCUUAUGAAAAGCAAUAAAUUUUGUUCUAAACUUCUUUUGUAAGAAACGUAUUCAUAAAUGUAAUCGCGUUUAAAAAUAAAAUAAAAAGAAAUAAAGUAAGAUAAAAGACCGAGUCCAAAGAAAAGUUUAUAUGAUUUACUUUAUAUGGUUGAAUGUAUCUCAACGGGAGAUAAAAUGCGCAUUGAAUUACAGAGUAUGUAUAUUUAUAGAUUAAUCGUUAAAUGUCUUACAUGUCAUCGUUUUUUUAAUGUAAUAUAUGGUCCGCACAGCGGUACAUAUCAUGCACAUUUUAUUGAAUCAAGAGCUUAGCUGUGACCCGUAAUUUGAAAACGAAAACGAUAAAACACGUACAUUUAUAUUUAAUUCGGAAGCGCAUCGACAUUUACAAUAAUACACUUUUUUUGUUUUCUUUUGAGGUAGCGUCUUGUUUUCAUUCAAGCUCUGUAAUUUAAUUAAUCUUACUUUUUUUCAGUAGAAAAAUUUUGAAUUCAAGUCAAGUAGAAAAGCUAAAAUUUGAAUU